AAGAGAACCGGCGUUUAUUAUAGUAUCAGUGUCUGUUCAGAAGUGAGUUCGUAUUAAUGGCAGCAAAAAUGUCUAAAAGUGACUAUGUUAAAAAUGAAAUCAAAGCAUCAGCUUUGGAUCUUAUCGGUAACACGCCAAUUGUUGCUCUCGAUCGUCUGUAUACAGGACCUGGUCGUAUUUUAGUUAAAUGCGAAUUUAUGAAUCCGGGUGCUUCGAUCAAAUGUCGUUCAGCACUAAAAAUGAUAAAAAGAGCACGAGAAUCAGGUGAAUUAAAGCCAGGAGAUCCUAUCAUCGAAAAGACCUCUGGCAAUCAGGGAUGCGGACUUGCAGUUGUUUGUGCAGUAUUGGGUCAUCCUGCCACAUUAGCAAUGUCCAGAGGUAAUAGCAUCCAGCGAGUAAUACACAUAGAAGCACUGGGUGCUAAGUGUAUCAGAGUACCACAGGUGGAGGGAACAUAUGGCAGUGUUACGUUUGCUGAUGGACAGGCAGUGGAAAAAGAAGUUAUGAAGAUAGUAGAGGAAACAGGAGCAUAUUACGUAAAUCAAUUUUCAAAUAAAGCCAAUGCUCAGGCCCAUUAUGAUAGCACUGGACCUGAAAUUUGGAAACAGACUGGGCAUCAUACAGAUGUUUUUGUAGCGACAGUCGGCACAGCUGGAACAUUUGCUGGUACCUCGAAGUACUUGAAAGAGAAAAAUCCUAAACUUUUGGCCUAUGUCGUGGAACCUGCUGGUUCUGAACCUAUAAAGGGUGAACCCAUCACAAAACCAUUGCAUUUACUUCAAGGAUCUGGAUAUGGGCGUAUACCAGAUUUGUUUAAUUACGAAUAUAUGGAUGGUACUGUGAGUGUUACAGAUGACGAAGCUGUUAAGUAUAUGAAACUUAUUGGUGAAAAAGAAGGUCUGUUUGUAGGUUACACAAGUGGUGCUAAUGUAGCUGCCGCUGUGAAACUUUUAGAAUCUGGACAAGUGCCUAAAGAUUCAUGGAUAGUUACUAUACUUAAUGAUACUGGUUUAAAAUAUACUCCAGUACCGAAAGAAAUGUUAUAAAUAAAGUUAUUAAUAAAUAUAAUCAUAGCUCCAUUGUAUAAUUGAAAGACAUUAU